GGGCCCCCUCGGGGGGCUGCGGCUCCCUGGGCCCCCCGAGCCCGGCCUGAGGAAGGCACCGUGGCGGCUGCCAGGCCAUGCCCCAGCGCCGUGGGGAGCUCCGCGCUCGGCGCCCGGAGCGGCAGCGCCGGCCCGGCCAUGGAGAGCUCAGAGCUGGAGUCGGACAUCCUGCGGCGGGUGCGGGCGCUGCUACGGGAGCUGGACGGGCACCACCCGUCCUGCCAGAGUGACCGAGGAAUGCUGCGCUGGACCCUGCACAAGAGAACGGACCAGAACCCCAGAACCAGCUGUACCCUGGUCAGCAUCCUGGUGAAGGAGCUGGAGAGGGCCGAGCGCGGGGACCUGCGGCACUACAUCAUCCCCCUGCUGCACACGCUGAUGUACACCUUGAUCCAGGCUCCCUGCAUCCCUGACGAGCUCUGUGCCAGGGUUUAUGACUUCUGCAAGAGGCUGCUGACCCUGCCCAAGCCCUUCUGCACCAUCGGGCUGGACUAUGCCAGCAGGCUGCAGCUGGAGAGGACAGCCCCAGGGACCCUGUUCCAAAGGAUGGUCAUCUCCGAGCACAGCCUGCCCAGCGCACCCUUCCCCUUCCAGGAGAGGAUUUUCAUCUUCGCUGACCCCGAGCUGCUGCCCGAAGCCAUCUGCAAGGCGCUGGCCACCGACACCGAGGCGGCCCAGGUGUCCCAGAGCCGCCGGGGCUGCAUGAGCUGCGUGGUCACCCACGCCCUGCAGGCGGCCCUGGGUGACACCUGCGACACCCACGGCCUCAGGGCGCGGCUCCAGGCCUUGCCCGCGGGGGACGUGGAGCUCUGCUUCCAGCAGGUGGUGGCGGCUGUGGAGGGCAGCGCGGGGGGCUCGGGCCGAGGCCAGCACAGGGCACGGCUGGAGAGGAUCUACCAGGGCAUCCUGGGCUCCUCGCCCGCAGGGAAGGAGCUGGUGCUGUUCCUGCGGCCGCUGUCGCAGAGCUGCGAGCCCGAGGGCCCGGGGCAGGGGCUGGAGGCGGCGGAGCUGCCGGAGCUGCUGCCGGGCUGCGGCUGCUGCGGGCAGAGCCGCUUCUCGGUGCUGUCCACGGACAGCGGCAUCGAGCGGGACCUGCCCGCGCCCGACGAGCCGUGCGCGCCCUGCGCCGAGCGCCGCCGGCUGCACAGGAAGGGCGGCAUCAAGAAAAAGCCGUCCCCGCUGGACAGCGUGGCCCUCCUGCAGGCUGGCAGCGCUGUGCCCGGGGAAAAGCCCCCCGGCAAGACGCCCGGCAGGGCAGGGAUGCCCCCCGAGCCCGCGGCCCCGCGCCGGAGGCUGCACACCGCCCGCGUGGUGCUGCUGGGGGACGAUCGCAUCCUGGGCCGCCUGGCACAAGCCUUCCACUCCCUCAGGAAACGGGAGGCCCGCCGAGUGUUCCUGACGCCCAGGCUGGACCUGCAGUUCUACCACAUCCCCGUGGUGCCCUCGGCCGCAGCCGACCACGCUGGCCCCGAGGAGCUCUGCGAGGUGGCCGGGUACCUGGGCAGGGCUGACCCCUGGUACGAGAGCAACAUCAACACCCUGUGUCACAUCAUCCCCAAGCUGGCCACCAUGCCUUCGUCACCGAGCAGGGCCCUGGUGACCGACCUGUUCCUCCCCGAUGUCAUCGCCUACUACGCCCGCAUGGGCACCCAGCCCGUCCUCUUCCAGGUGCACUCCGUCAAGGUCCUGUUCCAGGACCCAGCACAGGACCCAGCUGAGGACGUGUUCCUCACGGAGCUGCUGGUGCAGGUGCAGGAGAGCCCCUCGCACAGAGAGCUGAGCACAGCCAAGAGGAAAAGCACCCUGGAUGGGCCUGGCAUGGAUCUCACCGUGACCUACAGGAGGGUCGUGCUGAGUGACCGGCAGAAGGAGCUGGCGCUGGCCCUGCGCUCCACGGGCCUGCUGAUGAAGGCCAUCCCUGCUGAGGAGGCUGAAGGCCUGGGCUGCCUGAGCGUGACCGUCACCGAAAUCAUCAAGAGCAGCCACUUGGCAGGCCGCUCCUUCUCAGCUGUGGCAAACAGGUUCAGAACACGGAUUAUCAAGGUCAGGAGCCCAGAGCAGAGACCCUUCACGGUGCGGCUGGACAAGGACAGCAGGAGAACCUACAGGGACGUGAUCGGCCUGGACGUGUCUCCCUGCCUCGAGCCCAGCUACUGCCUGCAGAAGACGAGGACCACGAAACUCAGCCCUCAGGAAACAGAAGACGUGGGGCUUGUGAAAUACCUGCCCAAGUCUCUGCUGCUGCCCAUCAACACUUUUGCAGGAGUCAUCCCGUGAAGGAGACGGGAGAAGGGGCUGUGAGUUAUGACGUGGGGUCAUCUCAGAGGACGUGGGGAACGAAAACGCACUAAAAGCCACCAGUGGUGACUUUAAAUGGUGACGGUGUGAAGAGCUGCCCCAGCAGAGGUGGAUAGGCUUGGAGGGCACAGCCCUGCCCCGCCGGUGACAGUGUGACAGUGCCCCAUGCCCCUGCCAAGGGCACAGCCACUGCAGGACUGAGCUCUCACCUUUUGCACAAGUCAGGGAAAAGCUCUGAGCUCCUCCAUCGGGGAGGAGAGAGGAAGACCCGCGGAGGUGGCGCUGGCUGUCCUGGGAGCCCAGGGCCGCCGGCAGCAGCAGUGAUCCUUUUGGAGAUGCCUCAGAGCCCGGCAGGGGUCAGGUUUUCACCUCACAACCCAAACGCUGUUGCUCCUCCCCUGUGCCAGACCUGAGCAGCAAACAUUGAGUCCCUGAAGGAAGCUGCGGGGCGGCAGGAGCUCUCAGGCACCUCGGAUACCCCCCAAAAGCAGCUGCUGUUGUUGGGGUCGUGCGGGCUUUAAGGGGUGAGCAGUGGCUCUGCACCCCUCUGCCUCUUCGGGGCUGCCCUGUGGGGCUUGCACACACAGACAAAAGGCUCCAAAAGCCAAAAGGCUUGGAGCUGGGCUGGAGGGUGGGCUGGUGUCCAGAGUUGUUCUGUACAGCUGUAAAUGAUGUAGAUGGAUGCUAAAUUAUUUGUAUAGGAGUCAUGGAUGACUUGUACCGGAGAGCGCAGACCUUUCAGUGCCAAUUGAAAGAAUUGAAGCUGCCC